AACAAGUAUUUGCGAGCACCAUUAAAUUCCUUUCUCCCUCUCUUUUGCUCUGUGUUUACCUACGAUUAAUUAAACAGAGGUGAUAUUAAUUGUAGAAGGAGGGAGAUGAAUAUGGAGGAGAAGGCCGCGACGAGCCCAAGGAUCAGGCUGUUCGGGAUCCACGUGUCGGAGAACGACAGCGUCUCCGGCGAGGCGAGCAGUCCCACCUCGGCGGCGUCCAGCGAGCGGAGGAAGUACGAGUGCCAGUACUGCUGCCGCGAGUUCGCCAACUCGCAGGCUUUGGGCGGCCACCAGAACGCGCACAAGAAGGAGCGGCAGCACCUGAAGCGCCUCCAGCUGCGGCAGCAGCACCUCUCCGCCUCCGGCCGCCGGUCGCCUCACGCGGCCGGGAACUACUACUGCCAGAGCAUCGCCGCGCGCGAGGCCUUCGCGCCACCGCCUCCGCAGCACUUCCUCGCGCCGCAGCCGGUGGGACCCUCGGCCAACUGGGCCUACUACGCCAACUGCCCGACCUCGCCCGUUCAUCACCUGUCGCGUGGCUGCCUCGUGCCGCGCUCUUCGCCUGCUAACCGCGGCGGUAGGUUGUACAGGGACGGCCGCUCGAUCGAAGGGUCCGCAACCUUCGCCGCGUUGACGCCGGAGGAAGAAGCGGCGGAGGAGGCGUACGGGUUGAACCUGCGCCUCAGCCUUGCACCUGCCGGUUCAUGAUCCAAAUUCAUCGAUCAUCUCCUUCGAGCAAAUCAUAUACCUCUGUAUAAUUGCGACUUCUGAAAAAUUUUCAUCAUGUCAACUUUCACACCGUAAUUUCUCGAAUGGAGCUCUUGCUAGUUGCGAGGAAUUAUUUAUUAUGGGUAAUCAAAAAGGCACAUUUAGAA